AUGAGGGUUUUAGCAAAACGUUUCACUGUCGUUCUCAUCCUUUUCUUCAUCAUCUCUGCAUCCACCACGGCGGAGAUGGAAUCUCCGGCGAUCCAGUCCAAUAACCUAGCUCCCUCCCUUUCUGUUCACUCCUCCAACAAAAUGUGCUCUCUGUACUCGAUCUUCUUCGAGAAUUGCCUCCCACAGCUCGCAUCUGUUUACUUUGUUUUUUCCAUCGUUUAUCUAUGGUUUCUGGUCUACUGGACAUUAGUUUGCUUCGAGGUCACGGCAAAAUUUCGCAGGAUUCAUCUGUUAAUGGCUGGUUUGAUUCUAACGAAGGCACUUAACUUGAUCUAUGAAGCCGCGAACGUUACAGUGCUGAUAGAUUUGAUUGCUUGUGGUGCUAUAAUAAUCCCCCUUACUAGUUCGAUUGUGUCGAUGAACACUGGUGGAAUGAGGGAUAAGAGUUUUCAAAAGUUGGAUGUAUUAAGGAACUUCUAUGCAAUUGUUAUGCUAUACUUUGUGUUUAUGACUCUUGUGGGACCCGCGAGAAAGAAUGGUCGUACUGGAUUAAACGCCAUUGAUGCUCAAGAAUUGUUGUUCUUGUUGAUCAUGAUAAAUAGGUAG